UAAAUAAAUAAAGUGAUAUAAAUUUCAUAAUAAAAUUUCUUCACCUACUCUUUAUGAACAUAACUAGACACCAAUACACGCGGUCCUCAAACAAUGUCAUUCAUACAUUAACAUUGAAACGCAUCUGGUUCAGUAACAAGCACCAAAAUUAAUCUCGUUCUUCUCGUUGUUUUUCUUUUGUUUUGUUUGUUUUUAGUUUUGUCAUAUAUGUUCGCGCCUUUCGAAUCGAGUAGAGAAAAGAACUACGCUUUAUUUGCAUUAAGUUAAAGUGGUGUUAUGUCCAAACAAUUAUGUUACUCGGUGAUGACAUUAUUGAAUGUGAAAUUUGUUGAGCGUUUCGAACGUAAUUAAAACGAUAAUUUUAUAAAACAAAAUUUUGGUUAUUCAAAAGCUACACGCCAUCUUGCAUAUGCAAAUAAUUAUCACAAAGUGAAAAGUGAUCAAUAAAAUAAAGAUUGAAAAACAAUCAAUGAUAAACGGAAACACAUCGAAGCCGACGAAAAAUAUCGUCACCAAAUUUUGGUGGGUUUGAUACUAGUGGAGAAGUGUAUAAAAAAUAAAUUUCAAAAUUUUAACGAGAGAACUUGAAGAAAAAAAAUACCAGUCAUGACCAAUGACACAAGUUUCAGUUCCAAAUCGAAUGCACCACCAUCAAUUCCAUCCUCGAUUAUGGAACCAAUCGAGGAAACCCCAUCACUUAUAAGUGUAGCUGACUUACAGGAUGCGUUGAAUUCAACAUCAGAUUGCGAGGACGAUAUGUUUGUGUCAAAUCACCGGCAGGUCAGACUGGCCAACAGUAGUGCUCAACUACAUACGGCGACAAUAAAAAAUCAAACAAGUGAACGAUUUUUGGCAACAAAAAUGAAAAUUACCUCAAUCGCAUCGAAUGAAGACGAGUACAUAAUUAGGACAUCACCAGAAUGCAAAUCGCAUAUGCCAUUUCCCAAUAAAAAUGGACAGCUAAAACAUACGGUCGAUGAAUUGAAAUCGAUUAAUAUUCAUUACGAAAAAAGUUUUUUGGUACUUGACGGUUGUGAAGAAUUACGCGUCAAUACACCAGAAAUAUUUGCUAAACGUUUGGGAUGCACACUAGAUUCGAAAAUGAAAGUGAUAUCGAUUUUUGGAAAUACAGGAGACGGGAAGAGCCAUACAAUGAAUCAUAUAUUCUUCGAUGGCGAGGAAAUUUUUCGAACAUCCCCAUCUCAAGAAUCGUGCACACUAGGUGUUUGGGCGGCCUAUCAGCCAGCCCUUGAAGUUUUAUGUUUGGAUACAGAAGGGCUAUUAGGAUCUACGAAGAACGGAGAUCAAAGAAUGAGACUUUUACUUAAAAUUUUAGCCAUCUCAGACAUAGCAGUUUUCCGAACUCGGUCAGAACGACUCCAUCGUGAUUUAUUUGAAUUUUUAGGAACAGCGUCAAAGGCCUUUUAUAAGCAUUUUGCCGGCGCUCUUCAGUCUCUUGGUAAUCCUACUGCACUAGGCCCAUCGGUGUUCGUUUUUCACGAAACUCAAAAUACUCAAACGGUUAAAUCAACUGUUGACAAAAGUCCCGAGGACAUUUUACGUGAACGAUUCGCUGAGAUGAAUAUUGAUUUGGAGGCAUUUUCAUCACUGCGUUACGUAGGAAUACAAACAAAAGAACCGCCGACCGAUUAUACGACUAUCAAAAAUGCAUUGCUAUUAGAAAUUGGCAAUACAAGUGUUAGAUCCCCCAGAACGCCAGAUAUUAUAUUCAAAGCGAUUGAUGGUUUGAAUUUGAAAUUUUCGGGAAGAAUUGUGGAAAAAUCAUUCAAUCCUUUUCCGGAGAAAUAUUUCACUUGCAGUGUUUAUUGUGAAUCAUGUGAAGCUAGAUGUGAAUUAUCAAUGGGACAUGUUCUCGAGGGUAAAUCUCAUUCAAACUCAAAAUGUUGUCGAUAUCAAAAACAGUAUGAAAAUAGUGUUUAUUUGUGCAAGUAUUGCCAUUUGAAUGGACGACAGACAAUUGUAAAAAUUACAACACAAACAACAAACGAUACAUCUUGGUUUGGUUUGGCAAAAUAUGCAUGGAGUGGUUCAGUUAUCGAGUGUCCAAAUUGUGGUGAAUUGUACCGAUCGAGACAAUACUGGUACGGAAAUAAAAAUCCCGAAGACAGCGCUGUUCGCAGCGAAAUAGUACACGUUUGGAAAGACACAAAAUUUACUGGAGAGGGACCAACACAUUCAGCACAAAUGGUAAUAGAUGGAGUAAGCUAUUUGAGUGAGACUGUUUGUAACAUUGGCGCCCAACCAUCAAAGGUUCUAUCUGAUUGGGUAACAGACUGGGUAGCCCCAUCAUACUGGAAACCGAAUGUGGAAAUUAUUAAUUGUCAUGGCUGUAAAACAAAUUUUGAUCAAACUGGAUUGAGACGACAUCAUUGUCGUGCAUGUGGUGAAGGAUUCUGUAAUCCGUGCUCUGCUAGCAUGGUACCGGUACCAGCUAGAGGUUGGAAUAGUCCCGUUCGUGUAUGUAACUCAUGCAAAGAGAUUUUAUCAAGAAAACGUGAUGCACGUCCUGAUGUUAUUCAACCAACUGUAAAUUCAUCUCAACCUCCAUCUGCAGGAGCUAUUAAUAGAAUAAAUAGCAUCACCGAUGAUCAAGAUAUUCGUGUUCGUAAAUAUGGAGAGGUUGUAUACAAUACACUGUCAUCAGUUGCAUCGGUUUUGGAAUACCCGAAAGAUCUAAUUAAAGAUUCGGCACGACCAUCAUAUUGGGUGUCGGAUAAAGACCGUGAAGCAAACUUUUGCUGUGUUUGCAUGAAACCAUUUGGUACCGCUGAAGACUUGGUGUCACUUGCCAAGAAGCAAUCUUCAUAUUCUGUAAAAUCUGAAUUGAUCAAUGAUCCCAACGAAAUGAAUGGAUCAAUGUAUUGCGAUAGAAAGCGUCAUCACUGCCGUUCUUGCGGUCUCGCUGUAUGUGAUUUUUGUUCACAAAAUCGAAGAACCGUCCCAGAACGCGGUUGGACUACGGAAGUUCGCAUUUGUGAUACAUGCAACAAACGAUCAUCUUAAAUACCAAUUUUUUAUUAAAUUUUACAUUCAAUGGAUAGUCUACGAUAUAUAUUUUUAAGAGGUAUGAAUUAUUUGCGACCAAUAAUUGCAAUUUUUCAUUAACAAAACAAUAUUUUAACCAAAAUCCAAUAGCAAUCGUUCUAAAAUAUUCUAGUUUAUAAAAUGGAGUGAGUGCUUGUCCUUUUUUAUUCAUAUUUUUAUAAAGUUUUCGUAAUAUAAAAAUGGUUACUGAAAUAGAAUUGGUUGGGAUUACUGCCCUAAUAAAUGUUGUGAUAUUGUUAUUGGCCUUUAAUGGCUUCACAGACAGAUUGUUAAGUAGACGCACGGGAAUCAGAUAGGCAGAAUUAUGUAUAAUAAAUUACUUUUCUGAAUCAAAUGAGUUAAAAACGACUCUCAAUUUGUCAUUUUAAUCGAUAUUAAAUCGCAAAAUAAAUUUAAUAAAAUAGAAUAAAAUCAAACAAAACAUGAA